GGGGCGACAGGCAUCAGUCCUCCAGGUGGAGCGGCGGGCGCCGGGCCCUCAGGCAGAGCGGCAGGCACUGGGCCCCCAGGUAAAGCUACGGGCUCCGGGCCCCCAGGCGGAUUUGUAGUGGCGGGCGCCGGGCCCCCAGGAGGGGCGACAGGCAUCGGGCCCCCCAGGCGGGCGACAGGUAUCGGGCCCCCAGGCGGAGCGGCGGGCGCCGGGCCCUCAGGCGGAGCGGCAGGCACUGGGCCCCCCAGGCAGGGCUACGGGCGCCGGGCCCCCAGGCGGAGCGGUGGGCGCCAGGCCCCCAGGAGGGGCGACAGGUCUCGGGCCCCCAGGCGGAGCGGCGGGUGCCGGACCCCAGGCGGAGCGACAGGUCUUGGGCCCCCAGGCGGAGCGACAGGCACCGAGUCACCAGGCACGAUAGUGGGCUCCGAGUCAACUGGCAUGACCGCGGGCACUGGGUCAGACAUUGGAUCGUUCUGGCUGGACAGCGGGCAUCGGGCUGGGUACAGACAUCAGGCUGGAUCAGUUCAUCAGGCUGGGUACAGACAUCAGGCUGGGUACAGACAUCAGGCUGGGUACAGACAUCAGGCUAGGUACAGACAUCAGGCUGGGUACAGACAUCAGGCUGGGUACAGACAU